AUGGCGGAGGCUGACAGCACGGAGGCCAGCGACGCGACCGAUCCGCGUCCGGACGACGAGUACGAGUGCAAGAUCUGCUACAACUUCUUCGACCUGGAGCGGCGCAGCCCCAAGCUGCUGAGCUGCUCGCACACCUUCUGCCAGGAGUGUCUGGACACGCUGCACGCCAGGGAGGGCCGGGGAUGGAGGAUCGGCUGCCCGGUGUGUCGCCACCGCACCCCGGUGCCGGACUACCGGGUGCGCAACAUCUCCACCAACACGGCGCUGACCGCGGCGCUGCGGCGGCAGCAGCCGGCGGACGGGGCGUCAAGCACGAGGACACACGCGGAGACGCAGACAGAGACGGGUCCGUCCGUCUCCUCUGCCAACCCCCGGGACACCGACGACGACUGUGAGUCCUGCAAACACGUCGCGUUCGCGCUGAGCUGCGUGUGCGCCAUCUUCUCCUUCCUCGCCAUGGUGGUGCUCUUGUUUCUGGGCCUCAUCUUUGUGCACAACUUCAACCACAUCGCGUCGCCCGUCGGCCUCGUGUGUCUGUUCGUCGCCAGUGUCCUCGCCUUGUUCUCCCUCAUUCUGACCUGGCUGAUCUGCAUGUUGAAGUACCGACCGGACGCGGAGGCGAGCAGCUUCAGCUCCCUCACGUCCAAUGUAAUGUGA